AAGCUAGAAAUAAAUGAUUUGAGCAAAAAGCUGGCGUUAAUUAAAAAAAAAAAAAAGGUCACCUAGGAAUUUUUCAUAUUCUUUAACUCAGUAUAAGCUUUGAAGAGCCCACAGUGCUAGGCGUUCUGGGAGGUUACAAUAAUGCAUCCUAGAGGUUCUAGCCUUCCAAGGAGCUUUGUUAGUCUAAAUGUAGUUACAUUCUUCCUUGUUAGUCAUUUUCUCUGAUUAAAUAACUGUAAUAUCCAUACUGAAUAUUCAUUGUCUCAUAAUAAUAAUUUGUCUCAGAGACUCUAGUGCAGUGGGUCCCAACCUUCCUAAUGUUGCGACCCUUUAAUAUAGUUCCUCAUGCUGUGGUCAACCCCAGUCAUAAAUUAUUUUCAUUGCUACUUCAUCACUAAUUUUGCUACUGUUAUGAAUCGUAAUGUAAAUAUCUGAUACUCAGUAUAUCUGAUAUGUGACUCCUGUGAAAGGGUCUUUUGAUCCCCCAAGGAGUUGUGACCCACAGGUUGAGAACCACUGCUUUAGUGGUAUGGUUUUAAUGAACAGAAAGUUGAGCUACUUACUGAUCUUACUGUCUUGUCACUAAGAACCCAUCUUUAUCAUCACAGCUGUUUCAUAGCAACCUUCACUGAUGUAAACAAACAAUGAGCUCCUCUGUUCUGCAGGGUAAAUAGAGCAGACUAGAAUCAAACAGCAUCAUUGUUCAUCCUCACACCCAGCAACAUCCAUCCUGCUUCCCUCGGGAACGAGAGAGCCUGGAACAAGACAGGAGCUACCUCUGCCGUAGCCUCACUUGCUCCUUUGGAAGGGUGUGUUGGACCAAAUUUUCAUACACCCACCCUUUAGUAUCUCUAACCCCUGUGUAGCUGAGAAUGACCUGGAACUUCUGAUCGUCAUGAGUGCUGGGAUAAGGAGUAUGUUGCCACACUCAGUUUGUGUGGUGUUGGGGAUCAACCUGGAGCAUCGUGCAUGCUAGACAAGCAUCAUACCAGCACUCCACUGAGCUUUUUCUUUUCUUUUGAGACAGGUCUCAUCUUGUAGCCCAGGCUGGCCUUGAACUUGCUCACAGUCCUGCCUCUGCCUCCAGGUAUUGUCGCCACACCUGCUUUCCAUUGCUUUAAAGUCUUUACAAAUGAAGGUAGUUGACACUGGAUAAAGGUGUUUUCAGGUGCAGUGUUCAAAGUGACCUCCUGAAACUGGACAGGGAGAUCUUGGCUUACAAAGGAAGAAAAAGAGAAAUUUGGGGAGUCAAGUGACUCCAGUCCAGAGUUAUCUUUUUAAUAGAUGUAGGUUAGGAACAUUUACAGUAAAGAAUUCAAGGUAUUCAAAUUAACAUCCCAACCCAGCCCCACCUCACCCCUUUCUUAAGACGAGUUCUUCUAUUUGGUCAGAUUUAGCAUAGGACUUUGAAACUCUUCCGUAGUUUGGAGGGAGGGGAAGAGUUAACUCAUGCAUUUGGGGUAAUGUAGAAAUUGACUUCAGCUUCUGAGGUCUUUUCCUUUUUUGUUCUCAAGCCUGUGGGUUUGAAUCCAUUAGGCAGAAGGGACAAGAAUGCCCCUGUGAAGAUGCCCCUGGCAAGCCUAGUCCGACAUCAGUAGUCCAAGUCUUUUUUCCUGCCUGUGGCCUCACCUGAGAACAAGGACUGCACUUCUGGGCACACGUGUGCGUGUGUCUGUUCUGCUGACAGCUGUGCAUCAGAACCUCCCAACGCUAAAGGUUCUUCCGGGCUGGAGGAUCUGUCCGUCUGGAGUGCCUGCCGGUAAAACGCCUACUGAGACAUGAAGACUGGGACCACUGUUUUUAUCCUUGGGAGCCUGGCAUCCAUCCUCCGCCUGCCUUUGGUGUUGACGUCCCCUAAAACACUGGCCAUCCCCGAGAGGAUCCAGCAAGCUGUGGGGAGAGUCAUUGUCAAUGCCACAACGUGCACCGUUACAUGUGGCCUUGGCUACAAGGAAGAGACCGUCUGUGAGGUGGGCCCUGAUGGGGUGAGGAGGAAGUGCAAGUCCCAGCGUCUGGAGUGUCUGACCAACUGGAUCUGUGGGAUGCUCCAUUUCACUAUUGUCCAUGGGGAGGAGUUUGAGCUGAGCUGUCUCAGCGCAGACAUCCUGGAGGUGGGGCGGGAAGCUUUCCGCUUCACCUGGAAGCUUGCUCGGGGCAUCAUCUCGACUAACGAUGAGGUUUUUAAACCCUUCCGAGCCAACUCUCACUUUCUGCGCUUUAAACCCGCCUAUGAGUAUGACUCUGGGACAUACCGAUGUGAUGUGCAGCUGCUGAAGAACUUGAAGUUUGUCAAGAGGCUCUAUUUUGGGCUGAGGGUCCUUCCUCCGGACUUGGUAAACCUGAAUUUCCUUCAGUCCCUUACCGAGGACCAGAAGUUAGUAGAUGAGGGCUGGGAGGUUAAUCUAGACAACCAUUCGAAGCCUCACCUCCCAAAGUGGCAAAAGAAGGUGGCAUCAGCCGUGGGCAUAGGGAUCGCUGCUGGAGUGGUCGGUGGCGUGCUGGUGAGCAUUGCUAUCCGCAUUGUGCUGAGGGAGAUUGAUGGUAACAGCAGCCUUAGCAGCUUAUAAUGGAACCCUUACUCCUGGGAGGCUGCCUGCCCAGGAGGCCGAGCUCGCUCAUACGUGAGUGUCCUGUCCCUCUGUUAGUGGGGUGGUAAGGGGACUCUCGGAGCAAGCCGAAGGUUGGCUCGGAGGCUUGGAGGAUGCUCAGGGGAGCGGUAUCCAUCCCUGCGUUCAGGUUUUCUCAUCCUGGGUGCUCAGGAGGCUUUGCUUCUGUUCCCAGGGAAGUUCUGUCUUCCGAGCUUGCUUUUCUUGCCACGCUUCACGGCGUGUGUACCACCCCCUCCCCUCCACCUCUCCGGACAGUGUGUAUGGACCAGAAUGUACUAUUAGCAGUUCGGGCGGAAGCUUUUUAUUUUUGUUCAAUAAAAAUAAUUCACAGUAACUGUAUGGCAACCCAACCCUUUGUUAUUUUAUGUAAGAUUUCUCCCAUGUAGAAACGGUCCUGUAGGUGGCCUGCUUUUCAUUUUCCUUGAGUUUCCUCCGUAUGCGUUGGACAGGCUGCUUUGUGUCGGCUGUAUGCCUGUAUGUUGUAAAGGUGAGCCAUGACGCCUGACUCGGCUGACAGACCGUCUUAGUGUCUGCCCUCCCUGUCCUCUCUAGGCGAUCCUCUGAGCUCAGAAUCAAAUUGAAUGUCCUGGCAGAGCCAGGCUCCUGGGCACUGCACACAGUCCUUGUCUUGCUGCUCCUUUGGCACUGUCUGUACCUGGGGUUUGUGCUCUUCGAAAGGUCAAGUGUCCUGGUUUCUUACAGCCACCAGGAUCCCCAAGGGAGGACGGUUGACUUCACUUCCCCUUGGGAAAUCCGCUCUUCAGGCCCUUCAGGGUCAUUUUAGACAGAGUCUGAGGUAAUUGGCUUAUGGAACCCUUGGGGAAAAGGCUCUUGGGCACCAGCUGAAAGCAGGAUAGCAUUUCUCCUCACUUUUCUCCAGCUGCAGGAGUGGCAGAAUCCUGAGGCCACGCUCCUCUUCUGUAGCUCUGCCAGAAUCACAUGACAGAACCCCAGCCCAGGGAUGCUAAUUCAGUUCAGCUCAUGACUAGAGGAUGAUGACUAGUGUUUACUUCUAACUUUACAAGGUUUAGUGACCACCUGUGUUAGUUACGUCCCUGUUGCUGUGAUAAAAACACCACAAAAAAAAAAAAAAAAAAAAAAAAAAACGGCAACUUAUAGAAAAAGUUUAUUUGGGGUUUAAAGUUCAAGGGGGACAGAGUCCGUGAUGGCAGAAGUAGCUGGCUGGCAGCUGAGAGCUCCUAUCUUAAGGAGGCAGAGAGAGAAGCCUUAAAGUCUACCCCUAGUACCAUGCUUCCUCCAUCCAGGUCACACCUAUCCUUCCCAAGCAGCCUCCAACUUGGAACCAAGUACUGAAAUGCUCUAGGCUUAUGGGGGCAUCUCCUUCAAACCACCACACCACCUGGAGAUGCUCUGCCCAGAUUCAUCAGUUCUUACCCUUCCCUCAUAAGAAUCCUAAAUGUAUAUUGGUUUUGUGGAAUCAUUUGAAAACUAGACCGAAACAUGACUCUGUGUGUGUGUGUGUGUGUGUGUGUGUGCAUGGUAUAGAGGUCAGACGUCAACCUUGGUUUUUCCUCAGUUGGCAUCCACUGUGGGGUUUUGUUUCUUUGUUUUUAGGGUUUGGUUUGGUUCAUUUUGGAGACAGGGUCUUUUGCUGAGACACAGGGCUCACAGGUGAGUCAAGACUAGCUGGCCCCUGAGCUAUAGGGCUCCACCUGUCCCUGCCUCCCCAGUGCUGGGAUUAUGAGUGUGUGUGCAUCUCCAUACCCAACUUUUUCUGUCCUCCCAGCCUCAUUCUUGGGCGGCAGCAAUCCCUUGGCCAGCUGAGCUUUCUCCUGCAUGGCCAAGUGCCUUUAUCACACCCAAGAAAACCAACAGUUGCCAGUCCUACAUCUGGCUUCUGUUCAGUUUUCAUUUUCAAAACCAUUAAAGCUCUCUAGUGUAAUUUAAUCCAGUACCAAAGGUUCGUGUGCCACAUUCAGUGUGUGUGUCUUGGGUCUCUUAGCUAGUCCCUCACGUUGCUUCUCAUGACAGGGAUGCUCUGAAGAGGCAGGCUUUUCCAGUGGUCUGAGAUGCUCUCCCACAGCCUGGACUCACCAUGUCCUUGUGAUUAGCUGCGUGAGGAAUGACUUCAACAUUUUGAGAAGAGCCCUACAUGGAUCCAUACUGUGUCACAGCAGGAGGCUGGUGUCACCCCUGUCUGUCACCUCAGAAAGGAGGAGUUUCAGAAGACCUGGUCCUGGCCCUGUUCUGUUGUCAACCAUGUGACAAAGCCAGUCUCAACUUUGACACGGGUGUUUGUGAGGGCCCAGGGAUCACUUGAGAUAAGCUGUUAUGUAAAAUAAAGUACUGGGUCUGGGAAAUGCCAUUCAGUCCUAGGCUGUUUGCUGAAACAUUCAAGGAAAGCUCACUCUAAAGAGGACCAUGAAGGAUUUUGUUGUAAGAAACUCAGUAACAGGCCCUGGACUGAGUGAUAAGAACCUAAAACAUAGCGGUGGUGGUGCACGCCUUUAAUCCCAGCACUUGGGAGGCAGAGCCAGGUGAAUCUUUGUGAGUUCAAAUCCAGCCUGGCUUACAAAGUGAGAUCCAGGACAGGCUCCAAAGCUACA